CCUUGUUUUCCACUAUGCAAAUGGAUAUUCUGAAGCACAUUAUAUCCAAUUCUUGUUUCCAACUUCGAUCUCACCGAUUUACAUCAAUCAGAUGCAUAUGGUUAUCUUCCUUCUCCUUUCAGUCCACCAUUUCAAGACAACCGCUGUCUAUAAAUGUUACACCAGAGGAGAGGAACAAUCAAUAGUAGUAUAUAGCUAGCGAGCAGCCCUGCCAUGGCCUCCCACAGCAUCUCGGUGCUCAACGCCCUCGACAACGCCCGCACACAGUGGUACCACGUCACCGCCAUCGUCAUUGCCGGAAUGGGAUUCUUCACCGACGCCUACGACCUCUUCUGCAUCUCCACAGUCUCCAAGCUCUUGGGCCGCAUCUACUACUUCAACCCCACCUCCAACAAGCCCGGGAAGCUCCCGCACAGCGUCAACAACUGGGUCAUCGGCGUCGCCCUCGUCGGGACCCUUACCGGCCAGCUCGUGUUCGGCUACCUCGGCGACAAGCUAGGCCGCAAGAAGGUCUACGGGAUCACCCUGGUUCUCAUGGCCAUCUGCGCCACCUGCUCCGGCCUCUCCUUCGGACACACUGCCAAGUCUGUAAUAAGGACUCUCUGCUUCUUCAGAUUCUGGCUCGGCUUCGGCAUUGGCGGAGACUACCCUCUCUCCGCCACCAUCAUGUCCGAAUACGCCAACAAGAAGACCCGCGGAGCGUUCAUUGCCGCUGUCUUCGCGAUGCAGGGAGUUGGGAUUGUCUUCGCAGGCCUCGUGUCGAUGAUCCUUUCUAAAAUCUACCUCAGCAACUACGGGGGGCUGCCGUACAAGAAGGAGCGCGUGUUCUCGACAGAGCCGGAGGCCGACCAGGUGUGGCGAAUCGUGCUGAUGCUCGGCGCCCUGCCGGCGAUCCUCACGUUCUACUGGCGGAUGAAGAUGCCGGAGACCGGGCGGUACACGGCCCUGAUCGAGGGCAAUGCAAAGCAGGCGGCGUCAGACAUGGGGAGGGUGCUGGACAUCGACAUCCAGGCGGACCAGGAGAGGGUGGCGCAGUUCCACGCGGCCAACGAGUACAGGCUGAUGUCGAGCGAGUUCUUCCGGCGGCACGGGCGGCACCUGAUCGGCACGAUGACGACGUGGUUCCUGCUGGACAUCGCGUUCUACAGCCAGAACCUGACGCAGAAGGACAUCUUCCCGACGAUGGGGCUGACCAGCAAGGCGGAGGACGUGAGCGCGCUGAGGGAGAUGUUCGAGACGUCACGUGCCAUGUUCGUGAUCGCGCUGCUGGGGACGUUCCCGGGCUACUGGUUCACCGUGGCCUUCAUCGAGAAGAUCGGGCGUUACUACAUACAGCUGGUGGGCUUCUUCAUGAUGUCGGUCUUCAUGCUCAUCAUCGGAGUUAAGUACGACUACCUCAAGAACCAGGACCACAAAUGGACCUUCGCCGCCCUCUACGGGCUCACCUUCUUCUUCGCCAACUUCGGGCCCAACAGCACCACCUUCGUGCUGCCCGCUGAGCUCUUCCCGACCAGGGUUCGGUCGACGUGCCACGCCUGGAGCGCCGCCUCGGGGAAGGCCGGGGCGAUGGUCGGAGCUUUCGGGAUACAGAACUACACCCAGGACGGAAACGUGCAUAAGAUCAAGCAGGCCAUGAUCUUCCUCUCCUUCACCAACAUGGUCGGAUUCCUCUGCACAUUUCUGCUCACCGAAACCAAGGGCCGGUCGCUGGAGGAGAUUUCCGGCGAGGACGGCGGCGGCUACCCCGAGACACAGAUGACCGGGAAGAAUCCAGAUCAUAGCCGGGCCGAGCACAAUUGGGAAGACGACGAUUCCAGGGCUUAUGGGUAAAAUUAAUUAUUAUAUAUAUAUAUAUAUUAGAAAUGAAAUAAAAGGGGGUAGCUGAUUGAUUGAAUAAGAACUGAUCUGGGUAAUGGAUUAAAUCAUUUUCUUGAUCCUCCCCACCAGCUAUGUAGUUGUCU